AACUUGUGCUUUACGCUAUUCGAGGCUUAAUACUUUAGUUGAGACUUGGCAUUCAGAGAUUCUGCUUCGUACCUCUUUUUCUUCUUCCUAUUCUGGAUCUCUGCUAGCGGGGGGCUUCUGAUUGUACUGAAGUGAUUCAAUCGGCCCUCUUUCUACAUCCAUCUAAGGACUUGAUUAAUCCGAACCCCCAAAAUGUCUUCUUCAUAUCUCCCAGCAACAACUGAUUCAAUUGCUCAGGCUUUAGAAGCCAAAAACGCGGCUGAAGCCAUUUCUAUUCUUUACCGCAUACUUGAAAACCCAUCAUCUUCUGCUGAAGCCCUAAGGAUAAAGGAACAGGCGAUCGCAAAUCUUUCAGAUCUUCUUAGACAAGAAAAUCGGGCAGAGGAUCUCAGAAACCUUCUAACCCAGUUGAGGCCCUUUUUCAACUUGAUCCCCAAGGCAAAGACUGCCAAAAUUGUUCGUGGGAUAAUAGAUGCAGUAGCUAAAAUACCAGGCACUUCUGAUCUCCAGAUUUCCCUCUGCAAAGAAAUGGUGCAGUGGACUCAUGCUGAAAAGCGAACUUUCCUACGGCAAAGAGUGGAGGCAAGGCUUGCAGCUCUUUUGAUGGAAAACAAAGACUACUCAGAAGCUUUAACUCUCCUUUCGAGUUUAAUAAAGGAAGUGAGAAGGCUAGAUGACAAGCUUCUGCUUGUGGAUAUAGACUUGUUGGAGAGUAAGCUCCAUUUUUCUUUGAGGAAUCUCCCUAAAGCCAAGGCUUCACUGACGGCUGCAAGAACUGCUGCCAAUGCUAUAUAUGUGCCCCCAGCUCAACAGGGUACUAUAGAUUUGCAGAGUGGGAUCCUCCAUGCAGAAGAAAAGGACUACAAAACUGGUUAUAGCUAUUUCUUUGAAGCUUUUGAAGCUUUCAAUGCUCUUGAAGAUCCAAGGGCAGUAUUUAGCCUGAAGUAUAUGUUACUGUGCAAGAUAAUGGUGAACCAGGCUGAUGAUGUGGCGGGAAUAAUAUCAUCUAAAGCUGGACUGCAAUAUGUGGGGCCUGAGCUGGAUGCCAUGAAGGCAGUGGCUGAUGCGCAUUCGAAACGGUCCUUAAAGCUUUUUGAGACUGCCCUCAGGGAUUUUAGGGCCCAGCUAGAGGAAGACCCUAUUGUCCACAGGCACCUCUCAUCACUGUACGACACUUUGUUGGAGCAGAAUCUCUGCAGGUUGAUUGAACCUUUCUCCAGGGUUGAGAUUGCUCAUAUUGCUGAACUGAUUGAGCUGCCCGUUGAUCAUGUUGAGAAGAAAUUAUCUCAGAUGAUUCUCGAUAAGAAGUUUGCAGGAACUCUAGAUCAGGGUGCGGGAUGCCUCGUCAUUUUUGAUGAUCCUAAGACAGAUGCAAUAUACCCAGCAACACUGGAAACCAUUUCUAAUGUUGGCAAGGUCGUGGAUAGCCUCUAUGUUAGGUCUGCCAAGAUAAUGGCAUGAAGUUCUAGAGUAAGUAGGCAGUUUUCAAACUGCAACUUAUGUUUUCCUUGAUUCUAUUUCAUAGAAAUUACUGUGAUUUCCAACCUGGGAUGCAUCCUAGAUUGAUUGCUUUGUUGUUUUCAGCCUCAUUUCCUUUUGUGGGUUAAUUUUGGAACCAUUA